CGAAUCUUCCAGAGAAGGCGAGCGUGAACAGGAGCACAUUUUGCCUUGCAGAAAGAUACGGUAGUGAGCUUUGAGGAAAGAUGCUACAGAGACCACAUCCUACCCGUAAGGAAGUGACAUGUGGAGAUACUGAUAUGGACUGGGCAGUACUACAUAUACUACAGUCUAUAUAAAAACACGGCUUUACAGAGAGGGAAAACAUACAAUUGAAGAUUACACAUAUGGGAUUAUCCGAAAUAAUUCAAGCCAUAUGGACACUUAGCCCAUGCAAACACCAGUACUGGGCCUGGCCUCAGUUCCUGGGAAGAGAGAAAUUGAGCAAUAAACUCUUGCAUUUUGUGUGGGAGUGUCAGUCUUUAUAAACAAGAGUGCAGGCCACUGUUAGACACACAACUGAGUGACUACAGCAGACAGUCUCUUCAUACCUUAACUGACACAAUACUGACUCAGAAUGAUGAAGUUCAGCGCAUCUGCCUUCAUGCUUCUGAUCUGCACAGCUGCACUGCUGUCCACAACAGAGGGUAGACCUAAACCCAUGAUUUUACGCUGUCAGUGCAUUAAAACACAUUCAGAGCCAAUCCCAAUUGACAAAAUACAGACAUUGAAGGUGAUUCCUGCUGGACCACACUGCAAAAAUGAGGAGAUCAUUGCCACAAUGAAGAAAGGAAUGACAUGUCUUAAUCCUGCAAAAGACUGGGUGAUUUCUCUCAAAGAAAAAUUAAACAAGAAGAAUGUCAAGAGUCAACAGUGAAUGAAUAUCACCGUUCAUGAGCAACUGAAGAAACUGGUUCAACUAUUCUUAAUGUAAUAUAGGAAUUUUUUAUUUUGUCAUCUCUUGUGAAAAUGUGAUUUCACUACCACCUGUUUUAUUAAAGAUGAACUUUACUGUAUCCUUCUGUAUAUUUUAUUCAAUUAUAUUUAUUGUUAUUGUGUCACUGAAUUAUAUGUCUUAUUAUAUGUUUGCACUAGUUUUGAAUGAAGAGUUGUAAUAAAAACUGUCAUAAUGGAUAUUUUAGAUAUAUUCAUUUUUGUUGUGUCACUGAAUUGUAUUGUUAUCGUUUUGCAUUGGUUUUGAACCAAGACUGUCGUAAUGGAUAUUUUAGUUGGUCUUUAUUGUGUGAUUUUGUCAUAUUGCAAAACAUUGCAACAUUACAGUAUCAUUCCCUGAGCUGUUCACAAUAAAAUUAAAGUUCACACAAAAAUCAAAUACCUUUUAUUUGCAUCAUGUCUUUACAAACUUCUCCUGCACAACCCAAAAUAAGGCAUUCUGUCAUAUGGUUUCUGUAUUACUAUUAGUUAAAUAUGUGACACCUGUAUUUCAGAUGACCUGCCUGUUUUAUUUACUGUGGUUGUUCCCAGUUCUGAGAUUUCAACCUCUGCUUCUGAAUGUAGUGUGCAGGCAAUUAACCCUUUAACUGUGUUACCGUUUUCUAGAUCUUUUAAAGAUUCAUUUUUGUACAAUCUUAAUGACUGUGUAGAAGCCUCCACAGACUUAUAUAUAUUGAGAUUUUGGACUCUGUUACUCUGUUUAGGGAAAAAACACCCUAAAGAUCUGUCACAACCCUGGUUCAGUGUCACUAGCCGCUCUCCCAGACAUGCCUGCAAAGUAGCAGAGAGAAAGUGAAAAAGGUCGCCCACUCUAUUCUUUUAUCUAGACAUGAACAGUGUGUCAGCAUUAAGGGCAUAUCCCUUAAAUGGUUUCAUUCAUAUUUGACAGACAGUAGUUUUUCUGUUCACCUUGGUGAAUUGUUUUCAUCUGAUUCCCCUCUUUUUUGUGGUGUCCCCCAAGGGUCAAUAUUGGGCCCCAUGUUGUUUUCUUUGUAUAUGGUGGGGUAUAUUUUUAGGAAGCACAAUAAUUAAUUAAACUGUUACAUUUACAUUUACAUUUACAUUUAAUCAUU